AUGAACAGAAGUAGCAACAAACCAACAUCUAUGUCUGCUCCAGGUUAUCUUGCCGGUUUUGCGGGUGGAGGAGUACAGGUUUUAGUCGGUCAGCCAUUUGACCUGAUCAAGGUUAGAGUCCAAACCGGACAGUACAGCUCACCGAUUUCUGCACUUUCGGACACCGUUAGAAACGAAGGUUUGAGAGCAUUUUACAAAGGAACUUUAGCACCUUUAAUUGGAGUUGGAGCCUGCGUUUCUAUUCAAUUUUACGGUUUUCAUGAGGCCAAAAGACAAAUUCUGAAGAGAAAUCCCAAACAGCAGUAUUUGACUUUGGGGCAGUUCUACAUUGCGGGGGCAUUUGCUGGCAUUGUAAACGCUCCAAUCACCUCUCCAGUUGAGCAAAUCAGAAUUUUGUUGCAGGUGCAAAAAGACAAUUCAAGAAUAUACAAUGGCCCGAAAGAUGCAAUAUCAAAAAUCUACAAGGAAGCAGGCCUUUUGAGAGGAAUUUUCAGAGGGGGGGUGGUGACCUUGUUGAGAGAAGCACAAGCUUAUGGCAUUUGGUUCUUAACGUACGAGUACCUGAUCAACAAAUUCAUUCAGCUCCAUGAAAUUGAACGUCAGAACAUCUCAACGAUGGAACUCCUCAUCUGUGGCGCUGUUGCCGGAGAUGCUUUGUGGGUUAGCUCUUAUCCUUUGGAUGUGGUGAAGAGUCGGCUUCAAAGUGACGGUUUUGGAAAAAGCUCGCGAUACAAGGGUUCAGCUGUCAAAGUCGUGAAGCACAUUAUGAGACACGAGGGACCUUUAGGAUUUUGGAAAGGAAUCGGCCCUACUCUCCUGAGGGCUAUACCUUGUAGCGCGGCAACAUUCACAACUGUUGAGUAUGUUUUGAGGCUUUUAGACUGA